AUGCGUUUCUUCUUUCCUCUAGCCAUUCCUGCUAUCAUAGCAGGUCUAGUCGGAGCGCUUGAAACAAAACAACUAUUCAAUUUCUCCUCCGCAGUUGCGAUCGAGAAUAGCGCCCUCCGGCCCGAUGGCAGCCUUCUUCUCACCACCUUCGAUCAAGGUCGUCUCUACACCCUCAACCCCUCCCGGCCCAAUCCUCAAGCGGAACUCGUCGCGGCACUCCCCGGAGCGACCGCCCUCUGCGGCAUUGCCGCGAUCGACAGCGACAAGUUUGCCGUCAUAGGUGGCAUUCGAGGCAGCUACAGCUACACCAACGAGACGAUAUACACCGUGGAUUUCAGCGCCAGCCCCACCAAUCCGAGUAUACAGGUAGUCUCUCGGCUGCCCCAUGCCAUUAUGUUGAACGGCAUGGCCGCCUUACCAGCACAUCCGCAUGUGGUCCUGGCCGGGGACGCACGGCUCGGGGCUGUAUUCCGCGUCGACACAGACACCGGGGCCGCAGAAAUUGCCUUCACCGAUCCCUUGCUUACUGCACCUUCCAAUGCAUCCACCCCGAUUGGAGUGAACGGGCUGAAGAUUGUGGGCGGUUAUAUGUACUUUACGAAUACCGCAAGAGAGAUCUUUGCGCGGGUACCCAUUGAUGACGCUGGACAGAAGACCGGUGACAUCGAGGUGAUUGCGACGCUGAAUGAUGCAGAUUCAUAUAACUGGGACGAUUUCGUGGUCCUGGACGAUCUUGAUGUCGCCUACCUGGCCCAGCCGGAUACUGCCGUCGCCCAAGUUUCACUGGAUGGCGAGCAAAAUAUUAUUGUUGGCGGCGGGGACGAUCAUACGACGGUGGUGGGACCGACAUCGCUGUCAAUCACACAGGAUGGCAAGACCCUCUAUGUCACAACUCGAGGGGGCACGGUGAAUGGAUCUGUGUAUGGUGGGCAGGUGGUUCGGAUCCAACUAUAG